AUGCCGUCGAAGGCUUACUAUAGUAAUAGAGUUAAUGCCCAGCGGCAAAGACGUGCGGAAAGACGCAGACGCGCAAAUACGUUGCCUGUGGAUACAUCUUGUUCUGAUUCUGAUGGUCUUGAGAGUGAUGAAACUGACGUCAUGACUGGGAGUGUGAUGGAUAAUAAUUUAAGAACAACUAGUACAAGUUAUAAUGAUUUAAUCGAUUACAUUGCUGAUGAACAUGACAAUAUGCUUAAUGGUUCCAACAUCGUUGAUAAUUCAUCCCGUCUUUAUUCGAAUAGUGAACAUUCUGUUAUUUCCGCUACAAAAUUAGUUCUUGAUUUUGCCACCAGUUCGAAUCUCAACAAACAAAGCAUCAUGAAAUUGUUGAAACUUAUUAAGUCUCUUUUGCCGCCACCGAUUGUGCUGCCAACGUCCCUCAAAUCUAUUUUAAAAGCUUUUGGUCGUAUCAGUUCUUUUUAUACUAAAUUUAUUUGUGAACGUUGCGGUGGUGAUACUGUGAAGAGCAGUUAUGGUGUCAGAAAAUGUACAAACUCAAAAUGCUCAUAUCACAAACAGAAUUUGCUCAAUGCUCGUGUUACGGAAUGUGUUACACUCGAUAUUCGAGCUAGACUUCAUGGAAUCAUGAAAGCAAAUGCCAAGUUAUUCUUGAACAGAAAUGAAUUAACUCCUGUAGGAGAUAUUGUGAAUUUUCGUUAUUACUAUGAAAAUACUAACGAUAAAAAAGUGAGUGGGAACUAA